AUGGCGGGCACGGCAAGACACGACCACGAGAUGAAAAUGAACGCUCGGAAGAAAUUGCAGACCACAAAAGACCCAAUUGAGAAACUGAGGUUGAGGUGUUUGGAACGAGGAUCUGCUGGUAUCAAGGGAAUCGGCCGCGUCUUCAGAAUUAUGGACGAUGACGGUAAUCGGACGCUGGACUACGGUGAGUUCAAGAAGGGCAUCCACGACUAUGGGUUUAGUUUUGAUGACAAGGCCAUCAAGGAAAUGUUUGCCGCAUUCGACAGGGACGGAAGUGGAAAGAUCGACUUUGAUGAAUUCCUGUUAUCACUAAGGCCGAAGAUGUCCAACACGAGGAUAGACAUUAUCUGCGAGGCCUUCAAGAAAAUGGACAAAACCGGCGACGGGGUGAUAACCAUCGAGGACAUGAAGGGCGUGUACAACGUCAAGAAGCACCCCAAGUACCUCAACGGGGAGAAAACAGAGGACGAACUCUUCAGGAUGUUUCUGGAUACCUUUGAGCCGGACAAAUCAAAAGCCGAUGGCAAGAUCACACGAGAGGAGUUUCAGAACUAUUACGCCGGUGUCAGUGCAUCGAUUGACCAAGACAGCUACUUCAUAUUAAUGAUGAAAAACGCUUAUAAGAUUUAGAUGAAAUUCAGAAUGACAGCAUCAGUACUUAAAACAGUUACGCAUGACCGCUCCAACCCCGUUGGCUACAGCCUCCCAACAAGUUGAGAAUAUUUUGUUGCAAAGUUUGCCGGAAAUGCUUGUACUGUGAGACUUAUUUAUUCACCGUUUGUGCCAAGUCGUUGAACUAGACAAUUACAAGCUAUCGACUGAGUAGUCAUCAAGGUACGUGUUUACUGUACACAAACAGCACGCAGUAAUGGAGACAAUAUUAUGUACACAAAAUUCACAGUUAUCAACAACGUGAAAAGAAAAACUAUCGUCAGUGACUUUGAUCCUAACUCCUUUUGGUUUUAUGCAUUGAACUUGCCUAAAUCGGAAGAUCUUCACAUCAGAUCCUCACUUCACAGAAUUCCAGUGUUAAGCAUCAGCAGGCUUGACUCUAAAAAGCUUGACCAAUCAAAAUCAGGCAAAACUCAGCCGUUCGAUUUUGGCGGUAAUCUGAAAAUUUGCGAACGAGAACUAACAUUCCAAAUUUUUUAACGUAAUUUUUAAAAAAUUCACAAAACUUUUUAAAGUUUGUUAGGGAUUUGAAGCCACCUCUCUUUGUUUAUUGAUUUGUAGAGAUGUGAGAUUUGAAAGGCUACUGACGAUGGCUGAUUUUGUUUUAAAUGUAGAAAUUUGCUGUAAAAUUACGAUUGUUUUUUAUAGAUUUUUUUUUUUUUUUUUAAUUGAAUUCCGAAUAAAAUUUUUUUUUACUCAACACCUUGAUUUUUAAAAUUAAUUGAAUAGAGCUUGGGUUAUUUGAAAUGUUUUUAAAACUCAGUAUUUUUGUGUGAAAUUUUAAUCAUGGAAAGGUAAAGUGUACUUAAUGUAUGUUUGAAAUGUAUUUGAUCGUGCUUCAGUUUGUUUUAAAUUGUACUUAAUAUAUCACCUGCCCAAAUUGAAAAAAAACAAACUGAGGAAGUUCUUCAAAUUAUGAGCCAUUGUUUAUGCUUUAUAAAACAUUGAAUAUCCAAAAGGAUUCGGCUAAACAACAAUAUGUUUUGGGGACUUAUAAACAAAUAGUCUUAACAUGCUGCUGCAGUUAUAUGUGUAUUUUUUAUCCUAACUAUGAAUUCAAAAAACAAAAUCAAAUUGAAAACCUUGAGAACUGUUUUAAAUCCAGGAGCAAAAAUAUGUGUAAGUAAGUUUUGAUGCUGUUCUGAUCAUGUUUUGUGUAAUUUGUAUUCUGUGCGUUGUAAAUAUUCAUUAAUGGUAUACUGAAUAUUCAUAUUAUUAGCUUUUGCUCUUUGACACAUUGACCAAUUGCUUGAGGUUAAUUGCCUUCGCAUAGUGCUUAGCUCCAGGCAUUUCUUAAACUAUUUUCCAAAGCAGUUUUAAAAGAAUCCUCAGUAGAAAAAAAAUAAAAUAAAAACAGCAUUCUCUGCAAGCGAGUUGCGUUAAAUUGGGCAACAGUUAUUGGCAAAAUCGAAUGUUUAAAGGGCGAAAAUGCAAUCUGGCAUCAUACAUAUUCUUGACCUAGCUUAAUCUGAUUGGCCAUGUCGUGAUGAUGCAUGCUGGGAUACUUUUUAUUUUUUAGCUCUCGGCCUGUUCUGAAUUUCCCACAAAAAAGUGGCAUGGUAGUACACAUCCUGUGUACGGCAAACCUAGUGUUGAUCAUGUAUUCAAUGGGGAUGCUAUUUUUGUAAAGCUAAAUUAAUUAUUAUGUAAAUAUCCCUCAGAAUCAAGAUGGAAACAUCAUUUUAACAUACCUUGUGUGUUUUUUUGUCCCAGUUUUUAUGUAUUCGAGUUGCGUUCCAAUACAUUUUACAUUCGAUUUGUAUCCGUGUAAAUUUUAAUGUAAUUCAAAAUUUGAUGCCAGAAAUAAAUCUUCAGACUCGAUUUCCAGUAUCUUUUCCUUUUUUGUGGGAGACAAAUUUAAUAAAAGAGUAAAGGUUAAGGGAGUGAACGAAAAUCAAAUCUUGUUGCUAUUCCUGUCUUUACUUUAGAAAUAAAAAAAAAAUAAUCUGAA